ACCAUUGGGAGCGCACUGUGUACGGAACGAGGCGAUCCCCGAGCGGCGGGCGAGGCGUGCAGCUGUUCUAACGAGCGCCUGUCAGUCACGGAGCGGAACAGGGUGAUGUCAGCGCUCUUUACGGCACCGCCGGCAGGCAGCGGAACCGGGUGUCCGAGUUACACGGGGUUGGGGGCACACUGAGAGAUACCGAAGACAGCGCUUCGUGAAAGCCGUGCCACAAAGAGGAGGAGGAGGAGGAAUGGACAGCGACGAGGAAAACGUGGAAGAAAUCAUUGAAGGUCCACUAGAUGAAGAUGGACAGCCACAUGGUUGCUGCACUAUUACAUACUCCUCCAGUGAUAGAUUUGAAGGCCAUUUUGUUCAUGGGGAGAAAAAUGGUAGAGGAAAAUUCUACUUUUUUGAUGGAAGCACACUGGAAGGCUUUUAUGUAGAUGAUGCUUUACAAGGCCAAGGAAUUUACACCUAUGAGGAUGGAGGCGUCCUUCAUGGUACAUAUAUGGAUGGGGAACUGAAUGGAUCAGCACAAGAGUAUGAUUCAGAGGGAUUCAUGAUAUUUAAGGGCCAGUAUAAGGAUAACAACCGCCAUGGAGAAUGCUGGGUCUACUAUCCUGAUGGAGGUAGUAUGUUUGGAGAGGUGAACGAAGAAGGUGAGAUGACUGGAAGUAAGAUUGCUUAUGUGUACCCUAAUGGUACAACAGCACUUCAUGGGAAGUUCAUAGAUGGGGAGAUGAUAGAGGCUCGACAAGCAACUAUUUUAGUUGUGGAAAAUGGACACCCUCAAUUUAACAUAAAUGCCAGUGGUCCUUUGUAUACCUUUGACAAAUCCACCUCAUCUUGUAUUUCUACCAACUGCCUUUUGCCUGACCCUUAUGAAACAAUGAGAGUAUAUGUUGCUGAUUCUUUAAUCUCCAAUGCUGGAGAAGGUUUGUUUGCUAAAACAUCAGCCGAAUCCAACACAGUGCUGGCCUUUUACAAUGGAAUUCGCAUCACACACCAGGAGGUUGAUGGCAGAGACUGGUCUCUGAAUGGAAAUACAAUAUCUUUGGAUGAAGACACUGUGUUGGAUGUUCCUGAACCCUAUAAUAAUAUUAGGAAAUAUUGUGCCUCACUUGGUCAUAAAGCAAAUCAUUCAUUCACUCCUAACUGCAUGUAUGAUACAUAUGUUCAUCCCCGCUUUGGGCCUAUCAAAUGUAUUCGUACAGUUAAAGCUGUGGAGAAAGAUGAAGAACUGACAGUUGCAUAUGGUUAUGAUCACUAUGAUUCAGCAAGGAGUGGACUUGAAGCCCCUGAGUGGUAUAAGAAAGGUCUCCAAUCAUUUCAAACUGACCAAAAGAAUCCGGAACAACAUUAAUUGUCUGCUUUCAUCAGGGAUUAAUAACGGAGAAAACAAUGAACUAUGCACUAUAUUUCUGUAGAAAAAAGCAAACCAGGGAUCUGUAUCAGCUUGAGAAAUUCAUGCUUGGAUAUCUUGCCUUUUGUAUAAUAAAAAUAUCAUUUGUAUUUAUUACUUAAUGCAGCACUUAACAAGCCAGUAACUUUGCAUUUUGUUCAGUUGUAUGUGCAGAGAAUAUCUAUAAACACAGAAACAUUUUCUGUUGUAUUAUUAUAGGUAAAGCCUUUAAAGAUAUUUUAAUUGACUUACUAAUUAAUGUCUUACAUGCAAAUUAAUUUUUACUUUUAUUUGCGUACUGCAUUUAAAUGAUAGAUUUUCCAAUUAUUUUAAUUUACUGAACUCCAGGAUUGAAAUGUUCAGUUUUGACACACACUCUUCAGUUGUAAUACUCCAGCUGGAGGAUUUUGUUAUUAUCAGGCACUUAUUUUAAAAUUGCCCACAUUUUGACUGCUUCCUCCUCUUUCUCUUUCACAGUUCGUGGGGGAUUGUCUGUCCUUUUUAUAGUUGCAUACUAACACUAACGUCAGAAAGUGUGUGAAUUUUAGAGACCCAAAGUCUGUAGUUAUUAUUUUGCAUUUCCACUGUGUUUAAUUUGUGUCUGCUUCUAAAAGUUUUGAACAGACUAGAAGAGACUUUCUCUAAUAGUAAGAUAUUGCAAUGAUCCUCUUGUAGUUCUAAUGUCUGAUUAUUAACAGCAGAACUAAUAAUGUCAGUCAAAGAUAUAAUAUGCCUACAGAAGAUAUGCUACAGACAAUGGGAGAAAGAGACAAAUAUGAAUGUGAACUUUGUCAUAUAAAAUGAGGAUAGCUUAGGAUAAUUAAUCUGUACUAUUCUAGUUAGCUGUGCAUGUAGUAGUCUGACAAUGUGUCCACAUAAUAGCAGAGUUCACAUUUACCCCAUUUUACAACUUGCAAAUUUCAGGGAAAAAAAGUUUUAGUCUGCUGUCACUUUUCUUUUGCAUGUAAGGUUUGUUGGAGUUGUAAGCAUUCUCGUGUAUUAUAUAUAUAAGGAUAUGCUACAGUGCUUUGGCAUUUGGAAGACGUCAGGUAUCAUUUGGUUAUUUGCUCUUUGGUAUGUUACAAAGUAAAGGUGCCUCCUUCAAGUGGAAAAAAGGCUUACUGAAACAAUAAUUUAACAAAAAGUGUUGUAAAUUUAUUACAAAUUUUUUGUUUUAAAGUAGGAUGUUGCUCUUUACAGCGGUAUAUGGACACAUUUCCCAUACAAACUGUACUUUUAUAUCAAACUGUAAAAAUCUGACAGUAUAUGCAACAUAAAUAUAUAUAGAUAUAUGCAAAGUUAACAGCACAAAAGAAAAAAAAAUUAUUUUGAUAAUGGGUGAGAUUGUGUUGAUGUAAACUAUCUAAACAGAAAAAAAAACAAAUCUUGAACAUAAAUGUAAUUAUAUAAUAAAAAGCUCAAAUGAUGUACUGUAUACAACAAUCUAAACAUCUUGGUAAAAUAACUAAAUGAAUGCAUAUUUUUGAUUAGAAACACAAAGAGGACUGAGACAUUUUCAAGGACAGAUGAACACGUAAGAAAAUGUAUUUUCAGAGCUAAGGCUAAAACUAGUGGCUGUUGAUAGUUUUGAUGUUCUUUUAACAUUCGUUAAGUCAAACACAGAAAAAUAAUUCUGGUUUUAUGGAAAACCCCUUUUUGAUAAAGGCAUUUUAAUCAGGAUUUUGAGUCUGCAGAUGAGAAGACAAUAAGUAGUUUGUUUGCUCUCACCCCAUCACAUCACCAGAAUUAUUGAGCACCUUUUGAUAAAAAGAGUUUAGCUAUUUUAGAAAAUAUAUUAAGGACGUUGUUCCUACAAUGGCAGCAAAUAGGCACAAUGUGAUAAAGUGUGCUUGUUUUGAUACUGGAUGCACAAAAUGUCAAUGUUUUGAUAUAUACAGAAGUUUUAUUAACAGACAGCUGAAUGGAAUAUAAUCCUUUCUUAGCUAUGUUAGUAGAUGCUUUUCAGCAUUAACUAUCAUUUGUUUUGUGUUACAUCUCACCAAUGAAUUUUCCCAAAGAAUUCUAUAAUGCAUUAUUUAAUCAUUUAAAUGUUUUGUAUGUAAAACAAAAUAUAUCAUUGCUUCUAUUUUUGGUGGCUUUAUAUAUUAAGUUGAUCUUUAAAAAUAGCUAAUUAAAAAUAACUUGACAAAUGUAGGAAAUUGUUAAAAUUGGAAUAAUUAGUUAAGGAUAUUAAGUUUAACUUGGCAAUAGCAUGUGGAGCCAGUGCAAGGUACAUAGGCUUUUGAUUCGUGAGAGGAGCCAGGCAUGGGAUGGUAACAUUUUGAGAACAUGACACAUAUAGUAAUUUGUGCUUAUGGACUAUACAUUUACCUUAACUUUGAGUGGCACUCUGAGUAGCAUUGCAGCUCUAUGAUCCAGAAUACUUGGCUCAAGUAACAUGAGUGAAUAUUAUCUGCAUAGAUUUUUUCUCCUGUAUUUUUAGAGGCUUGCAGAUUAGGUUAAUUGGUUAUUGCCCCAGCCCACCCCUUAAGUUUUAAAUUGAUAUUAAAUAUUAUAUUAAUCUAAUUCUUUAUUCAGAAAUGUAACCUAAUGAAAAGUAAAAUUAAGAUUUUUUUUGCAAACAUGCAGGAUUGCCAAAGCUUCAGAAAACUCAUUUUAGCAGAUUUACUUUAUUCAUUUAUGCAUCCAGAUUGACAUAAACGUAGUACGUUUGUUUGGGCACACUGUAAAUUAAAUUAUUUUUGCAAAUAGGAUUUGAAAAAUACAUGUUGCUUUAAGAUAAAAUAUCAUUACCCAUGUUUCAUUUUCAUGCAUGCUACUGGGUGAUGAUGAUUAUACUUUAUGUAAAUAUAUAAUCAGCUGAGUCCGGGCAUGGUAUAUGUAAGCCUAAGUAAUGGCUUUGUGCACCAAGCAGUUCAAGAGAACACCAGUUAAGGUUUUUUUUUUUUAUUAUUAUUAUUAUUUUUUUUUUUUCUUUUUCUUGUUUUAUUUUUUAAAGAGAGCACUACUCAACAAAUAUGUUGGUUGUGAGGCUUGCAGUGCCUCAGGUAAUCAGAAUGCAACUUUAUAUUGGUUUAUUCACAUUUCCUGAAGCUGGUGAAACUGCUUUCUACUGUACUGUGUUGAAAAAAGCCAUGUGUAUUAUUGAACAUAAUAAAUACAUUAAGUUUGAGUUUA